CCAACUUUGUAUUGAAAUGCGUGUCACUGAACUGACGUUGGCUUUUCUAACGGCUAGUCGGCUCAUUCUGCAACAUGAUGCUUGCCGACGUCGCCAACGUUGUUCUUCCGCUGCUCCUCGCCGUCGUGGUGCCCCUCAUGAUUGCGUACGUCAUGCUUUGCCCGGUCGACCACCGCUUCUCCUACGCGCGUCUACCUGGCCCCGAGCCGUCGCAUUGGCUGCUUGGCAACGCGCGCGACGUCUUUCAAACCCGCUGGAGUGAAGGCAGCUUUCCCGAGCCCGGCUUGUCGUGGCUCAAGAAGUAUGGUGCAGCGUACUAUGUUCGCGUGCUGCACAUCCAUCGCAUUGCGCUGGCCGACCCCGUCGGUCUCAAGCACGUGCUCGUGACGAACGCCAAGCAGUUUCCGCGGAACAAUCUCUCGCGCGCCUUUCUCACUAAGCUCGUGCAGGGCGUCGGGCUCUUGAGUGCUGAAGGCGACGACCACGCAGCGAUGCGGCGCAUGCUGAACCCGCACUUUUCCCAUACAAACCUCAAGAGUUUUGUGCCGCUGUUUGCCGCGCAUGCCCGCCACCUCCUCUCGCAGUGGGCCGCCGACAAGCUCAUCGACACCAACGCGCCCGUCAACCUCUACACGUAUUUCGCCAAGCUCACUCUCGAUAUUAUCGGUAUUUCGGCGUUUGGCUAUGACUUUGGCGCGAUUGCCGGUACCAAUGAGGCCGAAAGCAGUGCGUACAAUGACGCCAAGCUCCCCGCGACGUUGUUCACGAUCCUCGGCACGGCGUACGUUCCGGGGUGGCGCUACCUCCCGCUCCCCGGGUUUGCACGCCGGCGGGCGGCGCGCGAUACGCUCAUGACCAUUGCGCUGCGCGUGAUUGAAGCCAAGAUGGCGGCCCCGGCCGUCGACCCGCCGCGGGACCUCCUCGAUCGGAUGCUGGUGGCCGGCCCCGAUAUGUCGGCGACCGACGCGCGCGCCCACGUGUUUACCUUUAUGCAAGCCGGCCACGAGACGACGAGCAACACGUUGUGCUGGGUCGUUGCGCUGCUUUCGCAGCAUCCCGCGAUCGAGAUGGCGGUCCGUGCCGAGUGCCAAGCUGCGCUGCAGCAGUGUCCGGAUGGCUUUACCGCCGAGGGACUGGCACAUAUUCCACUGCUGACGGCAGUGAUUCAGGAAACACUGCGAAUCUACCCGACGGUCAUCAACCUCGCGGCGCGCGGCGUCACAAAGGACGAGGUCGUUCCGCUCUCGGAUGGCUCGCAGUUGCACGUGCCCAAGAGCGCGAUGGUGUGGGUCGACGUGGCUGCCAUCCACCGCAACCCUGCGUACUGGACGCGCCCGGACGAGUUUGUGCCAGAUCGCUUUAUCGAAGGCACCGACAUCCACUCGGCCGACUUGCACCUGCGCGGCGGCAAAGGACACACGUUUUUCUACUUUCCAUUCAGCGCUGGCGAGAAGAAUUGCAUUGGCCACCGGUUCGCGACGAUGGAGCUGCAGACGAUUCUGGUGCACGUGCUAUCGUCGGUGCGGUUUGCGGUGACGCCCGCUGCAGUCUUGCACCCGAAGCGCCAAGUGGGCACGAUCACGCCCGUGCUGCUCGAGACCACCAUCCAUUCGAUCUAACCCCUUCAGUUUUCGAGUCUUUUCGACAAUGCACGUUCGCACGUAAUUUGUAGUACACCUACUUUGUAUAAGACUG